AUGGGGCAGAUUGCUUUGCAGGUUUCAGAAAAGGCACCGGGUACAUUUCUCAGCCAAACCGAACCAAAUCCUAGGGGAGCUGUAGAUUACAAGGCAGUUAGAGUUUUAUGUUCUGGCAAAAAUACUGUUAUGGAUUGUGUAUAUGAGCCACCUAUGCCUUAUCCCGAACGGUUGAAGCCUAAAGUCAAAGAUCAACAAUUGACAUAUUUUAUGAAGACUUUGUCUAAGGUUCAGAUUAAUCUACCGUUAAUUGAUGCCAUCAAGAACAUUUUGUCUUAUGCCAAGUUUUUGAAGGAUGUUUGCACAAAGAAAAAGAAGCUCGUUGAUUUUGAGAAAGUGAUUCUUACAGAACAAUGCAGCGUUGUUCUAUUACACAAGUUGCCCCCAAAGAAACAAGAUCCAGGGAGUUUUACAAUUUCAUGCACAAUUGGAAAUGCUCAUUUUAAACGUGCUUUAAUUGAUAUAGGUGCUAGUAUUAAUUUAAUGCCUUUUUCUGUUUUUCAGAGACUAGGACAAGGAGAAAUCAAGCCUACAUCAGUUAUUCUACAACUAGCGGACCGUUUAGUAGCUUAUCCUAGGGGAAAUAUUGAAGACCUAAUUAUUAAAGUGGAUAAUCUCUAUCUUCCUGCAGAUUUUAUGAUUUUGGAUAUGGAUGAAGAUAUACAAACACCGAUUAUUUUGGGACGCCCUUUCAUGGCAACUGCUCGAACGUUAAUUGAUGUAGAGGCUGGAACACUUACACUUAGAGUGCAAGAUCAAUCUGUUGUGUUCAGUUUGUUUGAAGCUACUAAAAGGCCAAGUGAUGUGCAAGAUUGUAUGCAUGUUGAUGUGCUUGACAGCGUAUUGCAUGCUGAAAUUAUUCCACGUUUGACAUCUGAUCCAUUGUUAAAUGUGUUGCAUGGGUUUGAGAAUAAAAAUACAGAAGAUGAAGAGGUUUUUGAGUAUGUUUCAGCAUUGGAAAGUGUUCCUUUUCAACCCCCACAUUGGAGGCACGUUUUUGAGAGUUUGGGGGAACCCAAAAAGCUGUUGCAGCCUUCUAGGGUACAGUCACCUAAACUGGAGUUAAAAGUGCUUCCAGAACACUUGAAAUAUGCUUAUUUGGGUGCAGAUUCUUCGCUGCCAGUUAUUAUAGCUGCUGAUUUAUCAUCAACAGAGGAAGAUAAAUUGUUGCGCAUUUUAAAGAGUUAUCAAGAUGCAAUUAGUUGGACUAUAGCUGACAUUAAAGGGAUCAGCUCUACAAUUUGUAUGCACAAACUUUUGAUGGAAGAUGGAGUAAAACCUGCCAUUGACGCUUAA